GCUUCAAGACCUACGAGGACUUCAACGAGUGCUUCAGCGCCUAUAAAAGGGAGAACAGAUGCUUCUUCAUUCUCAGAGAUUGCGUCUCGGUCCGCUUCCACAACCUCAGCCACGGCACUUCCAUCCGUGAGGACAUCCUGCCCAUCUGUGGAAUAAAACCUGGGAACAGCAAUCCAGCCUCAAGCCUCAACUUAGUUGGACCUUGAAAAACUGAGCCUCCUGGACAUCAGCCUCACAGAGAAAUUGUUUCUCACCUCGGCAUCUAACAAUCUCCUGUUUCUCCCCAUGGCCCUGGCGAUGCUGAAUGAGCUCCUGAUUAAGGACCCAAGCCCACCUAUGCUGCUGUAUCAGGCUAGCAAGACUGAUCAAUUAGAUAGCUUUAACUAUCAGAACUGCUUUAUGCAGAGCAUCUUUGCUCAUUUCCCUGAAAUCUUAUUUAUCCACCGGACCUAUAACCCAAGGGGUAAGGUGUUAUAUACCUUCUUGGUAGAUGGGCCUCGGGUACAGCUGGAGGACCAUCUUGCCCGGGCAGUCUACUUUGCCAUUCCCUUCAGAGAAGAUGCUGAAGGCCUGGCCCACAUGUUCCAGGUGUUCAAGAAAUUCAAUCCAGGCUGGGAGAGAGUCUGCACCAUCCUGGUGGACCCCUACUUCCUCCCCCUGCCCACCUUAGCUAUGGAGUUCCCUGCAGCUGAGGUCCUGCUCUCAGCCUUCCACAUCUGUAAGUUCCUCCAGGGCAAAUUCUAUCAGCUGUCCCUGGAGCAACAUGUGGAGAGGGUGCUGCUGACCACUCUGCAGAGCACAAUGUGCUCGGCCACAGCAGGCAACCUGAGGAAGUUGUACACACUCCUAAACAGCUGCAUCCCUCCAGCCCAGCUACCUGAGCUCCAUUCACACUGGCUGCUUAACGACCGCAUCUGGCUGGCCCACCGCUGGAGAAGCCGAGCUGAGAGCAACCAUUAUUUCCAGGGCCUGGAGGUCACCACCCGUGUCCUCAGCCAGUUCUUUGGCACCAACCCAUCCACAGAACAAGGCAUGACUUCUCUGCUUCGAUACAUGCAGCAAAACUCUGGAGACAGGGCACGCUUCAGCCUGGGCCCAAAUCCAAGGAGCAGUCAUGCCCCCUCCUCAGAUGUCAGCCCUGAAUGCCCCAAGAAGGAACAGUUGAUGGAUGCCCACAUCCAGCACUCCCUCAAUGCCAUCUGCACGGGGCCGGCGGCCCAGCUUUGCCUUGGUGAGCUUGCUGUGGUCCAGAAAUCUGUGCACCUCAUCAGCUCAGGCUCCGAGAAGAUGAACAUACAGAUCCUAGAGGAUACCCACAGUGUACAGGCCCAGCCCCCUGCCUGCUGUAGCUGCUACUUUAACCAGGUCUUCCACCUGCCCUGCCGCCACAUCCUAGCCAUGCUCAGUGCCCACCACCAGGUUCUCCAACCUGACAUGCUGCCAGCUCAAUGGACAGCAGACUGUGCUGCCAGCCUAGGCGACAUCCUGGGCAGUAAGUGGAGCGAGACACUGGAUAAACACCUAGCCGUGGCACUACUCACUGAGGAGGUGGGUCAACUCUUGCAGCACUGCAGCCAGGAUGAGUUUGAAAGGAGGUACAGCACCCUUCGAGAAUUGGCUGACAGCUGGAUUGGCCCCUAUGAACAGGUUCAACUCUAAUUACCUCAGUGUGCAGAGAUACUCAGCCAUACACACUCACAUCCACAUCUACACAGACUCAUGCUGUGGUACUUCCAUGGGCCAUCUCUCCAGGAAAGAAGAGUAGGAUCGUCCACCCUAAUGCAACCUGCUACUUAAAAGGGUUUAGUUUCCUCCAUCAGUAAUUAGCAAACCUUUCUUGCAAAGGGCCUGUUAGUAAAUAGUUUUUGGCUUUGCUGAUCACACACAGUCUCUGCUAUACAUUCUUGAGUUUUUGUUAUUGUUUACAACUCUUCAGAAGGCAAAAAUCAUCUUGGCUCCAGAGUCUUACAAAAGUAGGUGAUUCCUAAGAUAAGAGAUAAGGCACAAGAUAGAGAUGAGGCCCUGGGCUUGGUAGCAGCUUCCCAAGUCAUGAGGUGACUCACAUGACCUCUCUCAUGUGAGAAAGCUAACCAGGAAAACUCCCCACAGGAAACUACCCCCUUCAAGGAUGGGGGCUUAGGUUGACGACCUUCCCCCUAUCCCACUCUGCAGUCAUUAAAGGUGAAUGUUGCCUAUUCCA